AUGCAUGAUGUCGAGGGAGAGCAUGACGAUGGGACGGAAGACGUGGGCUCUCCCGCAGUGGACCAGUCGCUUCCACAAGGUGAUGCGCGGCCACGACGACUCCUCCCGGACACGACUACCGAGAAGCUCUAUGCCACCUGGCUCGCCCUCGUCCCGACUCUUGUCCCCGCCUACCUCAGCUACUUGCAAGCGAGUCAAGCACGUAUCGGCCAACUUCCCGCAUUACGGCAAUGGACAUGUGAAUCCAAAGCGUGCUUGAAAAAGGAGUUCACAAUUUUAUGCCUGCAUUCACACUUACUCGUCAAAAACGGCCUCUUUCCUACAUCUCCGACCUAUCCCCGUGUCGCGGUAUCCAUCGACUUACUGGACUUCUACUUCGCGCUCUUCGAGCGCUCCGCCGAUGCCGUGUCCGCGUUGGCGAGCGCCCUGAAGUCCAUAUACCAGCGGCGUGGUUUUCCCAUUCUGAACGAAAAGGGAGAGCCUAUCCAAGACCCAUUUCGACGAGGAAUUGGGCAUGCAGUCCAAUGGUACGACUGUCUUCGCAACCGACCCGAGGCUAUGGUAGAGUCCGCAAUAGACGAAUGUUUGCGCUAUAUAACAUCGCACGUCGUACGUUAUGCGUGCAGCAUUCGACCCCGGAUUGCCCUCGAUUCCGAUCCGAAGGCCGCCAACGUCUUGAAGCCGGGUAUGUGCUCCAGGCUGCUGCAACAACGCUGCCCCGCCUGCUUCGCGGGAUCGCGCUUCGGGAGUACAUUCAGUAGCGAUGGUGGAGACAUUCACGUCGCGCUGGAUGCGACAUUCAGCCAACGGCAUAACAUUUCCGCCGGUGAGAGUCCCUGGUUUUAUGAGCCCAAGUUCUUCCUCUCCAAAGAAGAAGUGGAUGCAGUCGGUGUCCGUAUCACUGCAGCCCGUAAGAAGCCUGCGCACAAGCACCAAAGCCAGGUCCCUGAGGCUGCUCUGGACCAGUGCGAGAAAUCGUACCAAGCCGCUGACGAGAAGAAGGAGAAAACCCACGGCACUAAGUUCGACGAUACCGGCCUCAUGGCACUGGUCUGCAGGCAUGAUAUUGUGCUGUUUCUCGCCAAUGUAGACACCCCGGGAGAGCAACAGAAGUACGGCAUUGCGCUUCUCGAACACUUGUUUCAGCAUGUGCCCCCAGAGGCCACGGUGGCCGCGUUCUAUGACAUCGGCUGUGUCCUGGAUCGCAGCAUCCACUCGUACGACCUCUUGCCGGAGACUAUAGUGUCUCGGCUAAUAUUCGCGACUUCGGUGAUGCAUGCAUACGGUCACCAAUGGGCCUGCCAACUGGUCUACAACCCCCGUCUUCGGGAGGGCCUGGGGCUUUCGGAGGGCGAGGGCACAGAACGAGUUUGGUCAAAGUUCCGAAAGCUCAUUGGAGUAACGCGGUCUUCAGCGAGGUCGCGCCGGAUCUGGCUUCUCGACCGCCACGCCGAGGCGAUCAACAUAAGUGCACGUAAAGAGCUCGGUAACUGGAUACGGGGCCGGCUACGACAUGGAGUAGAGGGGAAGACAUCAGCUGCAAAUAAGGAGCUCGGCGAGCUUGGCAUUAGUGUGGGCGAACUCCGGAUACAAUGGGAGGCUCAGCGUAAAGCGCAGCUCUCACUCCGUCAGCAUGCACCUGCGCGGCUCAAGAAGGAGCUUGACGCUGUGCUGAAUCUCCAGGUAGAGCUCGACACUGUAGAGGUCUCCUUAGGCCGUCUGCAGACCAUGGUAGGCACCGACGAAGACCAUCCCAUCGUACACGACUACAUUGCAAGCCUCAAACGCACGCACACACGAGCUAUACAGAAGGUGGAGACCCUGUAUUCCUCGCUCAACGUCCCGCAGGAUUUCCCGGAGUUACGAGGGCUUCCUUUGGAGUUCGUUCGCACUCUUCUCAUGGCACGGGACUUGAAGGUCAACAUCCGCAAGCGAGCGAUCGGAAGCUUCUUUGAAUGGGACAAACUCAACCGCGCGGCUGGCGGCCGCGAUCAGCCCCUAGGUACGAAACUGCACCAACAAACUCAGAAGGCGAUCUCGAAGCGCACACCUGCGCUCAUGACCGCGAUCCGCAAGUUCAACAAGUACUGCGAUGAGCUCGAGGCGUUGUACCAGGAUGAGUGGGGGUUUCCUUUGCCCCAGGCCCUUCCGACCGAACUCGGAGCACUUCGCGACGAGCCCGAUCUCUUGGCCGAUGUUUGGAUCUCUCCUGUAGCCGGCAGCACCCCGAGAUGGCUGGAGGACUCGGACACACGACAGGGUAUCAGAGCUAUGCUAACACUCGAUCGUUGUCGAGAGGAACGGCGGCGGCUUGGGAAUGAAGCCGACAACCUGUGCCGCUGGUACGGUCGAGAACUGUCGGCCGUUGAGUUGGCCCUACGGUCACAGAAUUUCGCCGGGAUAUCAUUCCUCCUUCGCCAGAGGAAGGAGGAGUUAUUGCUUCUGCAGAUGCUCUGGAGGACGCCACUGGUCUCCGCUUUGCGAUUCCAGUUCCAUACCGAAGAAGCCUCCCGUAUCGCGCGGCGUCUCUCCGGAUCAGAAGAUCCACUUCCUAUACGGUGGGUGCACGUUCCGAGCUCCGGAGAGCAUAUGGAAGCCACCGACCCGUAUGAUCCGGACAGCACCGCGGCUGACGAAGAGACUGUUCUCGCCCAUGACGCCCUGGACGAGCUCUUUGCUUACGACGACCCUGAUCCCGCGGACUCUGCGGCCUCCGAGUCAUCGCUGCUCGUGUCGAAGUGCACCGAACGUAUCCUCCCCUCGUUAGACAACACUAUCCGCUUCAUCAUCCCCGCGAAGGAUCUCGAGCGUCUGCAACAACCAUACGCCCAGCUCAGCGACGACUGCAUCAAUACCGGCGCGCAGGUCCUGCUCCGCGAAUUCGGCACGGGGUCUCUUCUUGGCGGCAAUCUAGCCAUCUUCUCGACCCGCGUCGUGAGUAUGCACCGCGCGGCGGCGGACGACAAUCUUAUCUGGCGGGACUGUGCCCACACCAAGUUCUGGGACAAGAACGUGUGGGUCAUACCCAUACACCAUCUCGUUCCCUCGCCCCACUGGACCUUAGUCGUUGUGUACAUGAGGGAGCGGCGGAUCGCAUAUUUUGAUAGCUUCGCGAACCAGGACAUGUGGGAAUCAGACGCGGCGGCCGUCUACCAGCUGGUCUAUAAGCUGCAUCGUUUCGCCGAAGACUACAACCACGGGCCAUUUCAGCUUGACGGCGACUGGGUAAGCUACCCGCUUCUGAAGAAGGCCGUGCAGAAGAACGGCUAUGACUGUGGCGUCUGGGUCCUGGCAUGCAUCGCCGCCAUACUCCGGGGAUCUCACACGGUCCGUUUGACGUCUGAGCAGAUUGCCCAGUUUCGCGUGAGGCUCUUUGCCCUCGUUCUCACUUUGACAGAGCCGGAGAAUUCUGUAGAUGAGGUUUGA